CGACGAUAAGUCUUCUAAUGGCGGCUUUAGAUCCGUGUUUGGGUUUUUGAGUGAGAUCUAUCUUUUGCUCAUUGUAUCUAUUAAAUUUUUUCAUUUUGAAAAAGCUAUUGAGAUCUCUGACUGUGGGUUUUGAUUUGGUGAUGCUAUUGAAUCUCUGUUUAAGUUCUUAUCGCUGUGACUGAUUGCCUUUUCCAAACGCUUUUCACAAGUUGUUGUUGUUGGUUGGUUGGUUUUCGGUUUAUUCUUUUCAUCCUGGUUUCGCAGGCAAAGUCUUCACCUUGGUAGACCCAGCCAGUUGUUCUUCAUCUUCUUCUUUCAGUUUCAAGAGGAACCAGUAAUUUAUUCAAUUCGCUAGCGUUUCUCUAUUCCAGUUUAUACACUGAGAGAGUAAUGGCAGCUAGAGAAGAGGAAAGUUUGGUGGUUGUGAAUGGAGAAGAGGACAUUCAUGAUUCCAGGGAAAAGUUUCUACUUAGAUACUUUUUGCAAGAAUGGGAGAUUGUUAAAUCCCUUGUUGAUGAUAUUGUUGCAAAUGGCCGUGUCGUUGAUCCUUCUUCUGUUCACAACAUCCGCUCCAUUAUGGACAAAUACCUGGAGCAAGGUCAGCUAGUGGAACCCUACUUAGAGAGCAUAGUUUCACCACUCAUGUUAAUCAUUCGCUCUAAAACACUUGAAUUAGAAGCGAAACCUGAUGAAGUUCUCGAUAUAAUCAAACCCAUUUGCACCAUUAUCUAUAGUUUGGUUACUGUCUGUGGGUACAAAUCUGUUAUCAGGUUCUUUCCCCAUCAAGUUUCCGAUCUAGAACUCGCUGUGGCGCUUCUGGACAAGUGCCAUAGCAUGACUCCUGUUUCAUCCUUGAGGCAAGAAAGGACUGGAGAAAUGGAGGCCAAGUGUGUUACUCUUUUGUGGCUUUCAAUCCUUGUGUUGGUCCCGUUUGAUAUUUCUUCUGUUGAUACAAGCAUUGCCAACGACAAGAGCUUUGGUGUGGACGACCUUGCUCCUCUGGUAUUGAAGAUUUUGGGUUUCUGUAAGGACUAUCUGUGCACUGCUGGCCCUAUGCGCAGGAUUUCGGGGUUGCUCCUCUCUAAGCUUUUAACGCGUCCGGAUAUGCGAAAGGCAUUUGCAACUUUUUUUGAGUGGACACAUGAAGUUUUAUCUUCUGAGGGAGAUAGUUUUGUGAACAACUUUUGCUUGCUUGGUGUGAUGGAGGCUCUGGCUGCCAUUUUUAAGACUGCUAGCCGAGAAGUGUUGCUUGAAGCCCUUCCUGUCGUUUUGAAAGAUGUGACUAUGCUAAGCAAAUCAAAUGCAGCAACUAGAAGUCCUCUGCUUCGCAAGUAUCUGAUCAAGUUAACUCAGAGGAUAGGGCUUGUUUGUCUUUCUCAUCGCUCACCUUCCUGGCUCUAUGUGGCUCACACCGCCUCCCUUUAUGAGAAUAUAUCUACGAGUUCGACCCAAACGUUGGUGCCGCCUGAUCAUGUUGUCGCUGCCGUCUCGCAACCAGAAAGUGCGAAUGACCAAGAGGAUGAAUAUAUGGAUGUUCCUGAAAUCUUAGAACAGAUAAUUGAAAUGCUACUCUCUGGUUUGACAGACACGGUACGUUUAGUGGGUGAGAUUCUACUGUUAGGCUGAUAACUACAGGUGGUUACAUCUCAACUUAUACAAGUAAAUGACAACAUGAUAAUCUGAGUAAAAGUAUGAUGCAUGUACUAAGGUAUAGACUGGAGUGACAGUUAACACUUAAAACAGAUAUUUUUUUCUUGGAUGCUAUAUAUAUUUGAUGGCUUAGCUGCCAACCAGAAUAUUUCACAUGUUACCAGUAUUUACAAGCAUUUUCCUUUUAUAUGUUUUUCUAUU